ACAUACAUACAAUUAACCUCAAUGGUGACACGUGGCAAACACCCUUUUGGUCUGCCUAAAAAGCUGCCAAGAUUUUGCCACCUAAGAACUUCCCACCCAACCAAAUAACUAACCUUUUCAACACCUUAUUUAACCCACAUAACAAGUGAACAACCCUCUCAAAACACAUCCAAAAAAACCAAACAUGAGGUGGACCAGAGGCCAUGUUCUCGGCCGUGGUUCCUCUGCCACCGUGUCCGCCGCCACAUCCACCACCGGAGACGUUUUCGCUGUCAAAUCCGCCGUCGUAUCACAGUCGGAGACUUUGCAAAGGGAGCAACAGUUUUUGUCCAUUUUAAAUAGUCCUUUUAUAGUGGCCUAUAAAGGGUGUGACAUUACUAAAGAAAAUAAAAAGUUCAUGUACAACUUAAUGAUGCAAUACAUGCCGGGUGGUACAGUUGUCGACGCGAUAAACAAUCAAGAUUGUUCGCGAUUAAACGAGGUGCAAAUAUCAAGCUACACUAGGCAAGUUUUACAAGGUUUAGUGUACAUUCAUUCAAAUAGUAUAGUGCAUUGUGAUAUCAAGGGGGCAAAUUUAUUAGUUGAUGAAAGUGGUGUCAAAAUCGCGGAUUUUGGUUGCGCGAAGUGGGCGAAUGAGGACGCGCCUAUUCGUGGGACGCCAAUGUUCAUGGCACCCGAAGUAGCACGAGGCGAAGAACAAGGGUUUCCUGCUGACGUUUGGGCACUCGGGUGCACGGUUAUCGAGAUGGCAACGGGCUGUUCACCGUGGUUAAACGUAACCGACCCGGUAUCCGUUCUUUACAAGAUUGCGUAUUCGGGAGAAUCACCGGAUAUCCCGGGUGUUUUAUCAAACGAAGCUAAGGAUUUCAUCAGCAAGUGUUUGAUCCAGGACCCGAAAGCGAGGUGGGGCGCUACGCAGCUUCUAAAACACCCGUUUAUCGAACAAUUGAACUGCAACAUUGAUCAAGAUUUGUGGACAGAAUCGCCAACGGGAAUACUUGAUCAAUAUGUUUGGAACUCAAUUGGAGAAUCACAAUCAGUGGGUACUGAUUCGAUCCAGCCAAUGUGUUCAUCGUUUUCUUUGAGGCAAAGGAUCGAACAGUUGGAGGGCAACUCAGAUAUGGGAAAUUGGAGGUGGAAAAUGGAGGAGGAGAUCAAUUGGAUGACAAUUAGAAGCAAUGGGAGUGGUGGGGCGGUGGCAGAUGAUUGAAUUGCGGUUGAUUCCGCCAUGAAUGGUGGUGAUUUGUUCAUAGAAUCAUUGGAUGAAAAGUGUUGUAGAAGUAGACAGAGGGUAAUGUUAUUUGAUCCAAUUUAGUGAAUAUAAUUUGGGGAAGUUGUGACU